GAAAAGAAGAACGGUGUAUUUUCUGAUUGCUUCCAAAAGCAAUAUUACUUCAAGAUUGUCACAUAGCGUAACUAUUACUUAUUUCUGAACGAACAAUAAUAAAAAGAAAAUAAUGCAUCGUUGUAUUCUUCGUAAAGCCUCUCGACGCUUUACUUUAGUUGGUAUGGCAUCAGCCUCUUUACAAUUAAAGAUGUCGUCACUUAUCGAUCGAGGUGUUCUGCAUAGCUCUCUUAUGAAGCCUCAGCAAAAUUACCGUUUUUACUCAGGUGGUGGACACGAUGAGCAACCCACACGUAGUGGGCAAUACUUACUUGAUAAAAACGACGUUCUUACACGUGUGCUAGAAGUCGUGAAAAAUUUCGAAAAAGUUGAUGCGUCAAAGGUAACUCCUGAGUCACACUUUGUGAAUGAUCUUGGACUUAACUCACUGGACGUAGUUGAGGUUGUAUUUGCCAUUGAGCAAGAAUUUAUCUUGGAUAUUCCUGACCAUGACGCUGAAAAAAUACAGUCUGUUCCUGAUGCUGUUGAGUACAUCUCACAAAAUCCCAUGGCAAAGUAAAAUGUAGGGUAUAAAACUUUAUAGUUUUUUUUUAAUGCAGAGAUUUUCCUAAAACUAUUAAGAAGUAAUUUAUAAAAAUAGAUGACCACUUUAUCUAAAUUUUUAGCUGAUAGUAUCACGGUAAGAAAUAUCAGGAAAGGGAUGAUAUUAGUUUUAUGAUUAGUUCUAAUUUACACAAUAUAUGUAUACGAUAAAU